AUGCUUUGGAAUAAAGAACUGGACACGCUGAAAAUCAAUAUGGGAUGGUUGAAUGACUUUAAUUUGGAAAAGAUAACAAAACGAAGCAUGUUAUCUGCCGUUCAUAAGGUAUUCGAUCCUUUUGGGUUUUUCUCUCCCGUUAUGCUCUGUCCAAAAAUUAUGUUACAAAAGGGAUGGAAGAAAAGUGUCAGUUGGGACGAGAAGUUGACUGGCGAACUUCGUAAAGAUUUCUUACAAUGGCUUGAAGAAUUAAAAUGCUUAAGUGAGAUUGAAAUUCCCAGAUUUAUUCAAGUCACUUCAGAAAAUUUAAGUAGUUGUGCUCUUCACACUUUUGUUGAUGGCAGCAAAGACGCUUAUACAGCGGUUACAUUUCUAAGGAUUGAGAACAACGAUCGAGUUGAACUGUUCCUUCUUGCUGCAAAAUCUCGAGUUGCUCCUUUAAGAGGGGCCACUAUCCCAAGAAUGGAGCUUUUGGCAGCCGUUAUUGGUGCCAGAUUGACAGAUUCAGUAACCAAAGCCCUCGGAUGGGAAAGAGUUAACAAAUAUUACUGGAGUGAUUCCACAACAGUGCUCGCAUGGAUUAAAAGAGAUGAAAACUGGUCUGUUUUCGUGCGAAACCGUGUUAAGGAGAUCAGAGAACUCAGUAAACCUUCAGCUUGGAAGCACGUUCCUGGAGAAAGAAAUCCUGCUGAUCUGCCAUCCAGAGGUUGCAAGGCGAAAUAUGUAAUUACAUCAAGAUGGUGGGAGGGACCACACUGGAUGAAAGAUCCUACCGAAUUCCUUAAUUACAUGGAUUCCUGUAACCACCAUAGCUGUAAUGAAGAAGAGAUUCAAAGGGAGAAGUUGAAAACUACUAGCACGAUGACGAAUAAUGAAACCGUUUGUGAUAAUAAUUGGUACUACGGGCAUUUUUCUAAUUAUGAGAGAAUCGUACGUAUGGUCACCUGGAUUCUUCGUUUUAAGCAUAAUUGUACAAAUACCGAAAGCAGGAGAUACGGAGAAUUGAAUACAACAGAAUUUCGUGACGCAGAGUUAAAGAUAUUACGUAUGAUUCAAAAGGAAUCCCUUGAUUUGGAACAUGAUAGACUCAAAACACUUCAGGUAUUUAAAGAUGAUCGUGGCAUUUAUCGUGUGAAAACUAAGAUUAUUUACAGGAAGGAUAGUGAAGAUUUCCUGAAACCGGUCGUCUUUCUUCAAACCACGAAGUUGUGA